AUGGGUCUCCUUGACGAAGUCAAACUACCCGUCGGUGUCAUCUAUGGCGACGAUGUGUUGAAGCUCUUUACCUACGCCCGCGAGAAGGGAUUCGCCAUCCCGGCCGUCAACGUCACUUCUUCCAGCACCGUCGUCGGUGCUCUCGAAGCCGCCCGCGAUGCCAAGGCUCCCAUCAUUUUGCAGACCAGCCAAGGCGGCGCCGCCUACUUCGCCGGCAAGGGCAUCAAGAACAGCGCCGACAAGCAGGAGGCUUCUGUCGGCGGUGCCAUCGCCGCUGCCCACUACAUCCGUGCCGUCGCUCCUCUCUACGGCAUUCCCGUCGUCCUCCACACCGACCACUGCGCCAAGAAGCUCCUCCCUUGGCUCGAUGGCAUGAUCGACGAGGACGAGAAGUUCUUCAAGCAGAACGGCGUCCCCCUGUUCUCUUCCCACAUGAUUGACCUGGAACCUGUCCAGGAAAACAUCGAUACCUGCGUCUCCUAUCUCAAGCGCAUGGCUCCCAUGAAGCAGUGGCUAGAGAUGGAAAUCGGCAUCACCGGUGGUGAGGAAGACGGUGUUGACAACAGCGGCGUCGACAAUGCCUCGCUCUACACCCAGCCUGAGGAUAUCUGGCAAAUCGAACAAGCUUUCCGCCCGAUCUCCAAGUACUUCUCGAUUGCUGCAGGUUUCGGCAACGUCCACGGUGUCUACGCCCCCGGUAACGUCCGUCUGCACCCCGAGCUUCUCGGCAAGCACCAGGAGUAUGUCUCGAAGCAGCUAGGCGGCACCGACAAGAAGCCAGUCUUCUUUGUCUUCCACGGCGGUUCCGGUUCCAGCAAGCAGGAGUACCUUGACGCCAUUGGUCACGGUGUUAUCAAGGUCAACGUCGACACUGACCUGCAGUGGGCGUAUCUGACCGGUAUCCGUGACUACGUUACCAAGAACAUUGACUACCUCAGGACCCAGGUCGGCAACCCCGAGGGUGCCGAUAAGCCCAACAAGAAGAAGUACGACCCGAGAGUCUGGGUUCGUGAGGGUGAGAAGACCAUGUCGGCUCGUGUCAACGAAUGCCUCCAGGACUUCAAGACUGCCGGCACAGUCUAA